UCUGCCAUUUCUUCCCACAAGAUCAAGAUGUUCCUGGCCAAGAAACAAAAGCAGAAUCGGCCCGUUCCCCAAUGGAUUCGGAUGAAAACUGGUAAUAAAAUCAGGUACAACUCGAAGAGGACACAAUGGCAAAGAACCAAACUGGGCCUAGGAGAAAUCACACGUGAGAGAUGACUCACAUAUUUAUGCUGUAUCCAGGUUGCCUACACCCGUAAAUGAUUGAAAAGAUGCUAC